AUGUCCCUGGCCCCAACAGAUGAUACCACCAGACGUAAACGACCGGGCAGAAAGUAUACGACCCGCGCUUGUGAGGCAUGCCGACAACGACGAGCCAAGUGCGAUGGUGUUCGACCAUCAUGUGCGAGGUGUCUUGACCGUGGCGUUCAAUGUCAGUACUCCACUGCGGAGGAUGGUCGACAACCGGCUCCCAAGUCUUAUGUGGUCAUGUUGCGUAACAGAAUAGAACUUCUGGAGCGUGUUUUGAUCUCUCGCGGGACUGACCCCGAUGCGGCAAUUCAACUAUUAGGCAAAGAUGAAAGUCCUGACCGAGAGUCGGACGCUGAAUGGGCAGAACCCUGCUCAAAGGUGGAUGAGUUGUGUGCCACGUUUGAUGGCGCACUAACAUUAGAUGAGUCUUUGAAUUUUGACCAAGAUGGCGAGGUGCGGUACUUUGGACCGACAAGUGGCCGGUUACCAUUUCAGUCUGCAUCAAAAGAUUCACCCAAAGAAAUGCCUCAAACUGAUACUUCUUGCCCAUGGAAUCCUAGCAAUGGUUAUGGAAGUCAGUGCCUUCAUAACACUGAUUUGUUGGCUGAAAGUCUGAUAUCAGAUGAGCUCGAAGCCCACCUGAUUGAUUUGUAUUUUGAGUGGGAGCAACCAUGGAUGCAAAUGGUGAACGAGCAGUUGUUCCGAGAUUCCAUGAAAGACGGAGGCCGUUAUUUCAGUCCACUCUUGCUUAACUGCAUUCUAGCCAUGGGUUCCCGAUACUGCGAACGCUUGGAGAUCCGAUCAGACCCCAAUGAUUCGAACACGGCCGGCAGAGUUUUCAUCCAGAGAGCCGAAAGAUUAAUACAAAAUGAUCUUAAAUGGCCUAAAAUCACAACAAUUCAGUCACUAGCUAUCCUAGGAAUGGCCUAUAUCGCAAUGGGCUCUGAAGCCGCUGGAUGGCUUCACCAGGGUAUGGCGAAUCGCUUGGCGCUGGACAUGGGAUUAAACAUGGAUCCAUCUGUUCUCUCGGGGGCAGUUGCUCUCCCAUGCAUUGAGAUUGAGUUACGCCGACAGAUUUACUGGGCUUUGUAUUGCCACGACAAGCUGUCAGCAAGCUACACAGGUAGGGUUUGCACCUUACUGGACUCCCAAGGAGUCGUAAACAAGCCCUUUGCUUUAUGUGCACCGGAUGUAUGCUUGCCCUCAGCAAAUGGAAACGGGCAACUUCGGGCUGCCUCUCAAAGGGACGUGGUACAGUUGCACCGGGCACUGAUUGAUUUGUGUCGUAUUUUUGAAAAAGUGCUUCUCGCAUUCUGGUCUCCCAAGCCCCUUCUUCAACCCACACAACGAGCAUCAUUUUUCGAGUCCUGUGUUCUUGACCUCAGGUCUUGGUACUACGACCUCGCCCAAGAGUUAAAAAUUGACCGCUCAGCGGGUACUUCUCGGUUCCCACAUACUUACACUCUGUGCAUGGUAUACCACACAGUCUGCAUUAUACUAUGUAUGCCCUUCCUUAAAUGUCAUUCCGAUACGAAAGAAACUGGGAAACAAGCUGUACAAGUUCAAUAUGACACACAGGAAGAUGCAUCAGAAACACAGCGCAAAAAGAAAGCUAUCACUAUUUGCAACAACUCCAUCCGGGCAGUCUGCGUUGUGGCUCAGAAGUACAGACAUACUUUUGGCAGCUUCAAGUUGAGCCCUGUGACAUCUACACACUGCAUGCAUAUGGCGGCAUUGCUCAUCAUUGAGAAAUGUUCUGCGUUUGGCUCAAAUACCGGAGACGCCCAGACGAAGAGUCCAUCGCCACAUGUAGCUGUAGGACUCUUCCUUCAAUCUUUACAAGAACUCUCCACAUCUUGGGAUAUUUCCAAACGGAUCGGACGGAACCUAGAGAAGUUGUAUUGUCAGCGACUCAACUACAAUACUGAUCAGAUGCCCUCUGCGCUAUCAUUGAAGCUAAAUGCUUCAUGCACGAUGCCUGGUCAAUCAGUUGAUCCGGAAGAGCUGCAUGCUAGUGAGAAGUUCAUGGCACCGCCAUCUUAUCCCGGGCAAGGUAUUCUGGGCCUUAACGACCCAUUGACUCAACAUUCUCUGUUGACUCCACCGCUUGCCACGAUCAAUUGGGCUGGUACUUCUACAAGAGAUAUACAGGGAGGCAAUAGACAGGAUGAAAGCAGCUUUGAGAAUGCUCUUGGUCCCAAUGAGCAAAUCAUAAACAAUCUCGGCUUUGCCUUUCCUGAUGAUAGUCUCCCAAGCGAUUACAACAUGUUUGAUACUCUUGGCCAGAUAUAUUUGGAGGACAUGUGGUAA